GUCACAGUGCAUCAACCAGAUGAAAGAAUUAAAAGAACAAUGUGAAGAAAGGGUAGAUGAGCUUACAAAAAGGGGCAGUGAUCUACCUCCACAAAUCAAAGAAAACAAAGACUUCUCAGAAGAUUCAAAGAAAAGUGGCCAGGUCAGUAUUCAACUGCCAGCCUUGAAGCAAACCGAGACCAAGCAGGCCGACUUGGAACAGCAGAAACUCAAUGAAGAUGUACCUAAGGCAGUACCUACAGUAAAAAAGACAGAUCCGCUGCAGGCUAAAGAAAGAAUAAAUGGCCUAGCUGACAUCAGAAAACAGGAGCCCAAGGCAGAGGAGGAGCAGCUUUCUAGUCAAAUGAAAAACCCACAGGAUUCACUCAAGGCUGCUGCAGGUCAUAAGGAGAUGCUGCCCAAGUCAGAGAAGGAGCUGAAUCCAUCUGAAGAUGAAAAACAUGUAGCUGGGCAAGAUGCGUUACAGCUGGCAGCAGAGCAGGCUGCCAGUGAGGAAAUUGAACGGGAGCAGCUCCUAAAUUACGAUGCUAAGGAGGAUGACUCGCCCCUCGGAAAGGCUGACAAACAGGAACAUGAAGCACUGAACCAGGACAAGGAUGUCGAUUACAAUUUAGAUGAGAAUGAAGCUGAAUCAGAAACGGACAAGCAAGCAGCACUUGCAGGGAUUGAAAAUGUUCAAAACCCUGAAGAUAUGAAGAACCACUUACCUGAGCAAGGUGAAGAACAACAGAGGUUGUGA